AUGGAAUGGCAAGAUCGUCAAGCCACAAUCUGUCCGCCUGUGCUGACCAAAACAGAUGACCUUGACAAGUCUCUCCUUCUCUUCAUCACACACACCUGUACCGAUUUAGGCAUCAAGGUUCCUUGUAAGCCAGCAACGGACGUUGAGAAUGUGAGCAAAGCUGAUAGUAUAGAUGCCGAGGUUGCUAAACGCAUGGGGGCUGGCUUCAGCGAAGGUGCCAUUCAACAACACAUCGCCAAGCUUCGAGUCAAGAUGGCAACUCUCAAGGUCGCACCCGUUCCCGGUCCUUCGAAGCGCGGCCAAAUCACCAGCAGGCCUUCAACUGUGUAUGCUAUGAGGACGAGAGGUCCAGCCCCACCAGCUCCACCAGCUAUAUCCAAAGCACGAAGUCGACGAAAAGCCUCAAAUGUUCAAGGUGAAGUUGCUGCUGCUGAAGCGACUGCUCAGGAUGGUACAGUUGGCAAGCCUCGUGGAAAGCGAUGCGCAGCAGCAAGAAAGAUCAAACGAAGUGGCUCAGAUCCUGCCGACUCCGAUGCCGAGUUUGCAGUUGGCAACGAUGACGAGUGGGUCAACACAGAAAUCAAUAACAACGGCAAGCGAGCUCGAAGGACUGGUCGUACAAAUAAGGCAAACGCAGGCAGGAAAGUGUCUAAGUCGCAAGCCAUCGUAGACACGCUUCAAGAGGCUGAUCGUCAGUAUGAAGACCAAGUCGGUACAGAUCCUGACGCCGGAUGGAUUCAGAAUGCGAGUUUCUUCGGUGAACCCUCUGGUCAAGAUGGAAUGUCGCAGUCAUUCUUUGGCGGCACACAUUUCGAGGAUGACGACGAAGAGGAAGAGGAGGAUCUUGGCCAAGUCGCAAGAGCAGCUGCAGUCGAGAAUGCGCAUGUUAACUCUGGAUUCAACUUCUUCGGCGAUGCCCAGAACUUGUCCUUCCCUUUAGAAGAGCAAGUCAGCCCAACAUCAACAGCACACUUGUUCACUCAGACUUACAACACACCAGAAGCCUCUGGCUUCGGUGGAUUCCACGACUUUCACCUUCCGAUGUCCACAAUGAAUACUUCAGGUCAAUCACCAUUCCUGGCUCCUGGACCGUCCCCAGCUCUUCCAGAGUCUACCACUACAACCAUGCCUGGCACUGUCGAGUCAUACAACUCGACACGAAAUCCAUCAAUGAUCUCUCGAAUAUCCUCUCAAGCUGGCAUACCACACGGAACUGGCUUCGAUGGCAACGCAUCUCAGCCAACAAGCCCUUACGGGCUGCAACAGCCAUCGUUCAACUAUGCAAUAGAUGCAAGCGCCUUUGGUUUCGUUGACCCAAUAAUGGACCAGGACGGAUCUCUGAACUGGCCAGAUAUAGCAAACGUAUUCGGAAAUGGCCUGGAGGGAACCGUACCUCAAAUGGAGGCAACAAGCAUGGCAUAG